GUGCUCUAUCUUCUCAAAGCUGCGUACCAAAUUAAAUCUCACAUAUAUAUAUAUAUAUCUCUGGCAACUACUGCAAAGAGUAGAACGUACCGCACUGCCCCCAGUCUUCGAUCUCUUCAAAUAUGGCUUCAACUGGCGUCGUGAAAGCCGGAUACUGGCAUUGCCACAGUGCAUUCCCGGUGUCCGACAUAAAAUCCUCCCUUUACACCCAUCUUUUUGCCGCCUUUGCGGAUGUCGACCCCACUUACCAAGUUACCUUUCCCACCCUAUACAAGCACCAGUUUGAAACCUUCACCCGAACUGUGCAAAUAGAAAACCCUGAUGUUAAAACCCUUUUGUCCAUCGGUGGUGGGGCCCCUGGCGUAUCUUCGACCUUAGCUUCAAUGGCUAGCAUGCAAGAAAACCGUAAAAUAUUCAUAGGUUCCUCCAUAACUCUAGCCAGGGCAAACAACUUCCAUGGUCUUUGCCUCAGUUGGCAGUACCCAUCCACGGCCGUGGAAAUGACCAAUCUUGAGUCGCUCCUCAAGGAAUGGCGAGCUGCCGUGGAAAUUGAGGCCCUGAAGACCACCAAGGCUCGGUUGCUUCUAACCGCAGAGGUAUUUCACUCGCCGGAUAUCUGCUCGGCGCGCUAUCCUUGUAGGGCUAUUUCAAACAACUUGGACUGGAUCCACGUAUUGGCCUAUAACUUCUAUACCCCCGCAUCGUCACCCAACGAGACUGCACCCCCUGCACCUUUGAAAAACAAGAGAAACGUAUCACUUUGCGUGGAAGCAAGCAUCGAUACAUGGAUUACGGUAGGUGUGCAUGCCAAAAAAUUGGUCGUAGGGCUUCCCUUUUUCGGCUGGGCCUGGAUUCUGAAUAAUCCAUCGCAACAUGGUUUAUUUGCACCAGCACAUGGACUGGCCGUCGUACUGGGUAAAUCCGUCGAUGGAUCCGUUCCUUUUGUCGCAGUCAAGAAAUUCAUAGGCUACCAAAACGCCACAACAGUGUUCGAUGAGACGUACCUCACAAACUAUUGCUAUGCUGGUACUACGUGGCUUGGGUACGAUGAUUUGGAAAGCAUAAUCUCGAAGGUUACAUAUUCACGCAAGGAAAAGGGACUGCUCGGUUACACUGCAUGGCACGUGGGCGCCGAUGAUAAUUGGUCUCUUUCACAAACAGCUUUCAAGACAUGGGAUACUUGUGCUAAUUAGUGAUCAUCAAGUCGGCUUGUAUUAUAUAUAUACCAACAAUAAUCAGCAACAUGAAGCCCUGAAAUCAGAUAUGGUACCGUGUGUUUGUAUUCUCAACAAUAAGGAAGAUCGAGGAUAUGACCUUAUGAUCUAGACGUUGUGUGUAUUAUACAAGAAUAGAAGCUUGUAUUGUAAACAAUAAGGCCGUCCCUAUGAGCCGGCUCAUGGUGCAUGCAGCAUGAUGUGAGAUAUUACGUACUGAAAAUAACGAACCAGCUACGAGUUUUAAAA